AUGAACAGCCAAACAACAGCCGGCAAUCGCAUCACAUUCACCAACCAAUUGCCGAAUGGAACCAUCAACAUAACCGGCAAUCCGGGCAGCGGUGGCGGUCCGACGAUCAUCUCGACUGCCCAGCUUCCAAACACGACAACCAUCAAGACCAUAACGGCCGGAAUCGGGGGCCACCAUCCGGGCCUGACGCAGGUGCACCACCAACAGUCGCCCCACCAGCAGCAGCAGACGCAAUCCGUAGGUGCCACCCAAACACAAACCCUAGUUAUUAAAUCCAAUCACCAUGCUGUCACCCUGCCGGCGGGUCUAGUAUCAAGUGCACCAGCAGGAAUCGUAACAAUGACCAAGACCAUCAAUCAGGGCCAGCCGCUGCUCAACUCCAUGCUGCCGGCAGGAGUUGUGGUGGGCAUGCGGCACCAGUCACCGGCGCAGCAGCAGCAGCAAAAGAACGUGUCCGCCAAUCCGCUGAGUCGUGUGGUAAUCAACUCGCACAUGGCUGGUGUGCGACCGCAGAGUCCAUCGAUAACUUUAAACACACUUAAUACAGGACAGACCCCGGCGUUGUUGCUGAAAACGGAUAAUGGAUACCAACUGUUGCGCGUGGGCACGGCCACGACGACUGGCCCGCCAACGGUGACACAGACCAUGACCAAUGCCAGCAAUAACACCAACAGCCACCACACAACAAGCACCACAAACCAUCCCACAACCACACAGAUACGACUACAAACUGUGCCGGCUGCAGCUGUAAGUAGAUAUCAUGGGCAACAACCAUCCCAACAGCAGCAACAGCAGCAACAUCAGCAGCUGCAACAACAGCAGCAGCAGCAACAGCAACAGCAACUUCAGUCGCAACAAGCAUCCAGCACUACUGCCAGCGUUAGCAUAGCACUGCGCAAAACGAUUGUCCGUACAUCAUCCACAAUCCCAUCCAGCAAUAGCAACAAUAACCAUAUAAUUAAUGCCUCCACCACCACCACCACCAACACCACCACCACUACUACCAACAACAACAACAACAGCAAACCCGCUAGUAACCAGCAGCAGCAGCAGCAGCAGCAACAGAAGCUCCAGCAGCAACUGAAGGCUCAGCAGCAACAGAAACAGCAGCAGCAGCAACAUGCCGCCGCCACGGCUGCCGCAGCGGCAGCAGCUGCAGCCAAUGUGCCCGUCACUAUAAAGAUCAAGCAAAACUCGAUGACCAACACCACCGCCUCCAACAACAUCAUUGUCAAUUCGGUGGCCAGCAGUAAUGCGCAUGGCUACACGACCUCAUCGCAGCCACCGCACCUGACGCAGCUGAACUCGCAGGCGCCCCACCUGCCGCAGAUCACGCAAAUCCAAACGAUACCAGCACAGCACCAGCAACAACAGCAGCAGCAGCAACAGCAGGUGAACAAUGUGAGCUCCUCGGGAGGCGCACAGGCUACGACGAGCACAACGACAACGACGACGGCUCAGCAGGGAAAUACCAAAGAAAAGUGUCGCAAGUUUCUAGCCAAUUUAAUUGAAUUAUCGACACGGGAACCGAAGCCAGUGGAGAAGAAUGUGCGCACCCUCAUCCAGGAGCUGGUUAAUGCGAAUGUGGAGCCCGAGGAGUUUUGUGAUCGCCUGGAGCGUUUGCUCAACGCCAGUCCACAGCCCUGCCUCAUUGGGUUUCUCAAGAAGAGCCUGCCACUGCUGCGUCAGGCCCUCUACUCCAAGGAGCUGGUCAUCGAGGGAAUCAAACCGCCGCCGCAACAUGUCAUCGGUCUGGCGGGACUCUCGCAACAGCUGCCCAAAAUCCAAGCGCAAAUCCGUCCGAUUGGCCCCAGCCAGACAACGACCAUUGGACAGACGCAGGUGCGCAUGAUAACACCAAAUGCGAUGGGCACGCCGCGGCCCACCAUCGGCCACACGACGAUAUCGAAGCAGCCCAACAUACGGCUACCAACAGCGCCGCGACUCGUCAGCACGGGCGCCAUUCGCACCCAGAUACCCUCGUUGCAAGUGCCUGGACAGGCGAACAUUGUGCAAAUCCGUGGACCGCAGCAUGCUCAAUUGCAGCGCACGGGAACUGUGCAGAUCCGGGCCACGGCCCGACCGCAAAACACCACGCCCACGAACAAACUCACUGCCGUCAAGGUGGGCCAGACGCAGAUCAAGGCGAUAACGCCCAGCCUUCACCCGCCGAUGCUGGCAGCCAUAUCGAACAGUAGUGGGCCGCCGCCCACGCCCACGCUGUCGGUGCUGUCGACGCUCAAUUCGGCAUCGGUCACGUCGCUGCCGGUGCCAUCGCUGCCCACGGUCCAUCUGCCGCCGGAGGCGCUGAGAGCCCGUGAACAAAUGCAGAAUUCGCUGCACCACAACAACAAUAACCACUUUGAGCCGAAGCUGGUGGAGAUUAAGGCCGGGUCGCACCUGGAGCGAAUGAACGCCUCACUGACGCCCAUCUCGGGCAAGACGCUGGUAAAGGCAUCGCCGGCGAUCAGCAAGGCGGCGGCAAGUAAAAAGAGGAGGGAUGCGCUCGAUGCCAAGGACGAGUCGAAGGCGAACAGUGCGAGCGGAGCGGCAGCGGCGGCCAAUUCGUUUUUCCAACAGAGCUCGAUGUCCUCUUCGAUGUAUGGGGACGAUGAUAUCAACGACGUGGCCGCCAUGGGCGGUGUCAACCUGGCCGAGGAGUCGCAGCGGAUUCUCGGCUGCACGGAGAACAUCGGCACCCAGAUACGCUCCUGCAAGGACGAGGUGUUCCUCAACAUGCCCGCUCUGCAGGCGAGGAUACGGGCCAUCACCACGGAGGUGGGUCUGGACGAACCAUCGCAGGAUGUGGCCGUCCUCAUAUCGCAUGCCUGCCAGGAGCGACUGAAGAACAUUGUGGAGAAGUUGGCUGUGAUAGCGGAGCACCGCAUUGAUGUCAUCAAGUUGGACCCCCGCUACGAGCCCGCCAAGGAUGUGCGCGGCCAGAUCAAGUUUCUGGAGGAGCUCGACAAGGCCGAGCAGAAGCGGCACGAGGAGCUCGAACGCGAAAUGCUGCUCCGGGCGGCGAAGUCCAGGUCUCGUGUGGAGGAUCCCGAGCAAGCCAAGAUGAAGGCGAGGGCCAAGGAAAUGCAACGCGCAGAGAUGGAGGAGCUGCGGCAGCGGGACGCUAAUCUGACGGCUCUCCAGGCCAUUGGACCCCGCAAGAAACUCAAACUGGAUAGCGAUGCGGCCAGUGCGGGAGUGGGUUCCAGCGGCGGCGGACUGUUGAGCAGCUCGGGCUCGGCACCAACCACGUUACGGCCGCGCAUCAAACGCGUCAAUCUGCGUGACAUGCUGUUCUAUAUGGAGCAGGAGCGCGAGUUUUGUCGCAGUUCCACGCUGUUCAAAACAUACCUCAAGUGAUCGCUGCUGUUCGUCAUUCACAUUGUCUUCUACUCCUGUUCCCGUUCCAGUUCCAGUUAUAUUGCACGUCACCGCCUGCCCUGCCCAGGCCGGGCCCCUUGGCCUCUGGUAAUGUUUCCAGCUUCAGAUUUCCUCCAAUCGCAAUAUAUUGUAGCCUCUGACUUAACCGAUUUGAUUCGUCGUCUCCGUUUCUUGUUUUUUUUUUUUUUAGUUAGGAGCCCCUGCCCCCCACCCUAUUUAAAGUGUACUUUUAGAUCCUUAAAAUCUAAAUCUAAUUUCUAUUCGCUCUUGAUUUUAAGUGUAUUUUAAAGCUCGUUUUUUCCCCACAAUAAAUUGUCUGUAAAACUUAAACCAAACCAAUCCAAAAACGCAGAAACAAAAGCUAAACAUAAACGAAGAAAUAUGAAGAAAGAAGAAACAAAAGGAAAGAAAGAGAACAGAGUAGAAUAGAACUCUAUAGAACGCGCAGUCAGCAGAGGAGGGGCGUUUGAAUUGUAAUUGUAACAUAACAUAAUGUUUGCAUUAAUUGCAUUGACGGCCUUAUCUAAACGAUAUAAACAUAAUUAUUAAUAUUUAAUUAAUUACUAGCUUAGUUUGUUAAACGAAAACAAAAGCGUAAUUCCUAGCCCUUAAGUGAGAUGAGAUGAUGUGCAGCUGAAUGAAAGCAAAGAGGAUAAGUGGUCAAAUGGAGCAGGCAAGCGAAUCCGAGAAGAGAAUUGCAGUUGGCAGAUUGCAGAUGGUUUCUAAAACCAUCAGAAGAGAAGUUCAGAAGUUCAGCCAGGAACAGACACACACACAUCAGAGGAAACCAUUUAAAGCAUAUAUUGAAUUAGUUCUAGUUGUUUAAACCACAAGCUGUAAUUCUAAAUAACAUAUUAUGUAUAAAACCAACAACCCCCCAACCAACCCAACCCAACCCAACCCAGCCCAACCCCAACAAACUGUACAUAAAGCCUAGGCUAAGGAUCUUCUAAUAGUUAUAAAAGUAGGUAAACCGAGCGUAAUUAACAAAUUCAACAAGAUGAUGAUGAUGAUGAAGACCGAGGAUGCGAAUGUCUAGGCAUUAAGAUAACUAAACAUGUUUUUAUUAGAAGCGCUCGCUCGUUCAUCCAUUUAGAGACACGAUUCGAUAGUAUCUACCAUACAUACAUACAUAAGUGUGCAGGAUCUGGUGGGUUGGGGCCAAUGUGCGGCCCAGAUCUCGCCCUGCCAUCUGCCCUCGGACCAAGCUGCAGGCAGAUCGAUCGGCAUUGGCCCUACCUCCUUUAAUCCGCCCUUCCUCCCUCCCUAAACAUGAACACGAACACCACACAACACACAAAAACAAAAAAUAGAUGAAUUUGUAUACAAUUAGCCAGCAAAUCUUGUAAAAUACAAUCCCCACGCAAAUGCAAAUGUAAGCGGAAACGAGUUACGAAAAUCAAAAAUAAAUUGACAUUACAUUUCAUGAAA